AUGGCCCACUCCCCCUCAUCCUCGUCCGUCGAAGACGCCGCCGAAAACACUGCAGACGAGGAGGAUUCUGAGGACUACUGCAAAGGUGGUUACCACCCAGUGCAAGUUGGAGAGAAGUUCAAAGAUGGAAAAUACACGGUCGUUCGCAAGUUAGGAUGGGGUCACUUCUCGACCGUCUGGCUCUCCCGAGAUAACACCAACGGAAAACAUGUCGCCCUCAAGGUCGUCCGAUCUGCCGCCCACUACACCGAGACCGCCAUCGACGAGAUCAAGCUUCUCAACAAGAUCGUUCAAGCCAAGCCCGAUCAUCCUGGUCGCAAGCAUGUUGUCAGUCUUCUGGACUCGUUUGAGCACAAGGGACCUCACGGCACCCACGUAUGUAUGGUUUUCGAGGUGCUUGGAGAGAACUUGCUUGGUCUCAUCAAGCGCUGGAACCAUCGCGGUAUUCCUAUGCCCCUGGUCAAACAAAUCACAAAACAGGUACUCCUCGGCCUCGACUACCUUCAUCGCGAAUGCGGUAUCAUCCACACCGACCUUAAGCCAGAAAACGUUCUCAUCGAAAUUGGAGAUGUCGAACAGAUUGUUAAGCGCGUUGUCAAGCCUGAAGCCGCCGAGAAAGAGAACAACCGCAACGGACGGCGACGUCGGAGGACUCUCAUCACUGGCAGUCAACCACUCCCAUCCCCCUUGAAUACUAGCUUUAACCAGUCCAACCUUUUCCCCUCACCAACCCCCCACUCCAGUCUUGCCGGUGUUCUGAACGAUGGCAAAUCAUCAAAUGAAGCAUCUCCUAAACCAUCCGAUGACGCCCAAAAGCAACGAGAAAAGUCAACUGAUAUUCUCAGUCGAGAGGUUUCGGGUAUUUCUCUUGACAAGUCGAACUCACCCUCUGCCUCAACAGGCGAAAAGCGUAAGGCGGAAGAUGCGCAUGCCUUCGACGUUAUCAGCGUCAAGAUUGCAGACCUAGGCAAUGCUUGCUGGGUCAAUCAUCACUUCACCAACGACAUUCAGACAAGACAAUACAGAUCACCCGAAGUGAUCCUGGGUUCCAAAUGGGGUGCUAGCACUGAUGUAUGGAGUAUGGCAGCUAUGGUGUUCGAGUUGAUCACAGGUGACUACUUGUUUGAUCCCCAGUCAGGUACCAAGUACGGCAAGGACGACGAUCACAUUGCCCAAAUCAUCGAACUUCUCGGGCCAUUCCCCAAAUCGCUAUGCCUCAGUGGCAAAUGGAGUCAAGAAAUUUUCAAUCGAAAGGGCGAGUUGCGGAACAUCCACCGGCUCAGGCACUGGGCUCUACCCGAUGUUCUACGCGAGAAAUAUCACUUCAAAGAAGAAGAAGCAAAGCGUAUUGCAGAUUUCUUGACCCCAAUGUUGGAGCUGGUUCCUGAGAAACGUGCCAAUGCCGGUGGCAUGGCAGGACAUGUCUGGUUGGAGGACACACCUGGCAUGAAAGGGUUGAAGAUCGAAGGUUUGGAGGUAGGUGGCCGCGGCGAGGGCAUUGACGGCUGGGCGACAGAGGUGAGGAAGAGAUAA